UCCUCCUAGCCUGAACAUCCAUGAUUUGACCCAACUGCGAUACUGCCGAACCGCUUGACUCUUUGGUUGGAUCCUCUGGGAUUGUAGUCUAUGGGCCUGUGAACGACCUGCAAGCCCAGCCUUAUCUAUGCAAAUCAGAUCGUGGUGCCAGCCAUAACCCACCGUGAAGAUGGACGAAGAAACCAACUCGACCACUCCCAUUUCAACGCCGGGCACCAGGUCGUCCGGCAAUGUCGACCGCCUUCCAGCCGCUGCAGAGGCGGAUCUUGCCUCUCCUCUGAGCUCGUCACCCCUCGACGCCGAGAUCCUCGAUUCCCCAACCCUCAGCGCCACGACGCCCAAGAGCCACAGGCUGUCAAGGAAUCCGUCCUUCUCCGGCAGCAGCAGCACCUACCAAGAUGACUGGGACACGCUGCCGCCGCUUGAUCGAUUGACCGUCCUCGACCUCCUGGACAACUUUGCCCUGCCGCAGCAGCUCGAGAAGCUCCAGAGGGGCAUUUCCGCCCAGACCGACAAGGUUCGACGAUCAAGAGAUGCCUUCAAAUCCAAGACCCAGCUGGCCCGCGACCGAAUGGUGGAAGAAUGGAGGCGACGCGUCCCCUCGGCCGACGAGCAGCUCGAGCGAUACAGGAAGCGCAUGAGGGAGCGAGUUGAGAAGCUCGGCAAGCAAUGGAACAAUACCAAGGCCAUCAGCCUCCGAGAAAAGAUAUCCUUCAUUUGCGGCGUUAUGAACAUCUUUGCAAGCGGAUACCUUAUGGGUGGUUUUCCUGAAUGGUUCCACAUCUGGUAUACUGUCCAGCUCAUAUACUUUAUGCCCAUCCGUAUCUUCACCUACAAGCGCCGUGGAAUGCACUACUUCUUGGCCGACCUCUGCUAUUUUGUCAAUGUGCUGCUUUUUCUCAGUCUGUGGGCCUUUCCCCAAUCGAAACGGCUCUUCACGGCGGCGUACUGUCUCUCUUAUGGCAACAAUGCUGUGGCAAUCAUCAUGUGGCGUAACUCCCUGGUAUUCCACAGCUUUGACAAAGUCACAUCUCUCUUCAUACACAUCAUGCCGUGCGCUACGCUCCACUGCGUUGUGCACCUCUACCCGCCUGCAGAACAGAUGAUACGGUUCCCAGCCAUCUACGCCAUCAAGUAUUCGGUCCCUGGAUCGCCGACGGCGUAUGCCAAUGUCUUCUCCAUGCUUGCGUGGAGCACCCUCCCCUAUGCAAUCUGGCAACUAAGCUACUACUUCUUCAUCACUGUGCGCCGAAGAGACAAGAUUGCUGCUGGCCGUCUCACGUCCUUCACCUGGCUUCGAAGAUCCUAUGCCAAGACCUGGAUUGGCAAAUUCGUCCUCGCCCGCCCUGCCGCGCUGCAAGAGCCCACGUUUAUGAUAAUUCAGUACUUUUACGCUGUGCUCACUAUCCUCCCCUGCCCGCUCUGGUUCCUUAGCCGAUGGGCUUCCACCGUAUUCCUCCUCGUUGUGUUUGGCUGGAGUAUCUACAACGGUGCCACCUUUUACAUCGAUGUUUUUGGCAAGCGCUUCCAGAAAGAGCUCGAGGCGAUGCGAGCAGACGUCAUCAAGUGGCAGAGCAACCCAGAGACGCUGCUCCAGUCUCCUCAUAUGACUCCGGUGCAAGGUGGCACAAGUUUAGACGCACAGUUGGCGGCUUCGCCUCUGGCACCGUCACCAAUGCGACCGACUGCCGGAAAGGAUCGAACUACGAGCCUGGACCAUAUACCCAUGCUGGAUGAGACUUCCAAGGUCAGCGCAACUGGAGUGGACAGAGGAGACGAAGGCGUGGCGAGGGAACGGAAAGUAGGCGAAGAUUAAGAAUACUGUUUUGAUUUUCUUUGUUUUGGGAAUCUAAUGGGGGUUUGUAUAAGGGAAGAAGGGAGAUAAGGAGAGGCGGUUGUUGUUGUUGUUGUUGUUGUUGUUGUUGGCGAUGGAAGAGAAGGGGGAAUUGGAAAGUCAAGUGUUGGCAGUCACAACGUCUUUAAUGUCAAGAGCCCGUGAAAUAAACAGUAAAUGAAUGAUAUACGGUAGGCGGAACGUUAUGGGGCCGGGUUUCUUUUAAUAUAUCUAUCUUUUUGGGGGGGAGUGUUGGAAUGAUAUCCUCGUAAGUCUUGUCUUAUUUUGGUUUUUGGUUUUUGGGUUUCUAUCGAGGCCUUCUUUUCUUUAUUUUUUUCAUUUCCUUUCUUUUCUUUAUAACGACUCGGAUAUGGGAAUGAGUGAGCGUAUUAGCUUUAGUAACAGGAGAACUUGAGCGGUUUGUUUGCAUUUGAAUACUAGAUACUACUGGCUAUUUCAUCAUCUUUGUCAUCUUUAGGUAGUAUAAUGAUUAUGACUUUAUACACCUUACAUCACCGUUCACACCGAUUGCAAAUUAUCAAGACGUAG